UAUAAAUCUGAGCAUGUCCGUGAUGAUCUUUAUGUAAUGUAAAACGGUUAUAGUUAUCUUGGAUGAUUAUAAGAAUACAUGAGGUAGUAGCCCCAUCCCCUGCUGUCUGCGUUUGAAGUCAUAGAAUCAUGACGAAUAUAGGAAUCAAUGCCAGAAGAAUUUACAGAAUGAACCUUCAACCAGGAAGAAUAUACUGACAUGAUUUUAAAGGGACUGGACUGAUGCACUAAUAACUGAGCAUUUUAAUUCUUCGAUGUAAAGCGUGGUGUAUUGUUAACUUUGAAAUGACAUGAAUGGAAUUAACGUAGCGGUCCUCUUUUUUUAAACAAUAAACCAUAUAAGGGACUCAAUGUAUAUGUAUUCGAGUAAACCCAAACCUGAAUACACCGGUAGAGAUUCUAAAUAUGUCCAAAGACCAAGACAGCGACAACCCGAUCUAGAAAAUGAAGAUAUCUUAAACUCUAACAAGAUUAUAAGCCCUGAAAACGUACUCUGUGCUCCGUUGAAGUUUCCAGACUCUUCCGUCCGAGACGAGUAUCGAAAUACCGAAAGAAUGUAUUCAACGGGAUUUAUUGGAAGAUCAGGAUUGGGUGAUCACCGCGCAACAUAUCAGCAAACUUCAGAAGAACCAUCGCUCGGUAGAUCAAGGAGGGAUGUGUAUCGUAAUGACAGGAGAACUGGAGAUUCCUAUGGUAAUUCGACCAGGGAGGAAUACGGGGAUUCUUCGGAAUCAAGACCAGUGGAAUCUUAUGGAGGUGUUGUUAAUGGGAAUACACGUGGUCUCAGUGAUGACCGGCCUUUCGGUGCUUCCGAUGUGUUUUAUGGAUAUGGUGGUCCAUUUCGUCUUGAUGCCGAUUCCGAUCGGAACACAGACAUCAGCGAUACAACUGAGAAUCUCUCAGUUCAACCAUGGAUGGAUAAAAUCAGUGGUGGGACAUUCAAAAGAAACUAUCUUGACAGAGUGUCAUUUCGGCCCACGCUUCAGCAUGACACCAAAAUGCCCCUUCAGAAUGCUCGCGAGUUUCGUGACAAUGGAUACGACAGGGAUCCAUUAUACCUUAGAGAUAAGAAAAGGGGCAAAAGAACCAUUGUGGGCAUCAUUUUGGGAGUUCUUUUAAUCGGAGGCAUUGCAGCUGUCCUUGCCUGGUUUUUGACACAAAAGGGAGAUGAAGAGGACGCCUCUAUAAAAUAUUAUGUAGUGUUCGGUGAAAUGAGUCUAGACCAAGUAUUCUAUGAAGAACUCGCCAAUUCGUCUUCUCCAGAAUUCAAGAAUUUGAGUACAGAAUUCUGUGGCGCAAUUAAAGAUGCGCUGCAGAAAAACUCUUCAGAAUACGGAGAUAAAUACCAACAUUGUGACGUGACUAAUUUCAGGAACGGAAGCAUAGUGGUUCAAUACAAGGUGUACUACGAGUUCACUACUACUAUAAUCAUCGAGGAAACGGUCCAAAAAGAUAUCAACAGCUCCCUAACACCAAUAAAUUCCAGUCAUACACAGUUGUCUAAUUUUAAGGUCAUAACAACGAGUUUGACUAUCACGGUAAAUGUUGAGACUUAUGUAAUAGAUCCCAUAACAACUAGUUCAACAACAACAUCAACUACAGCACCAGCAACAGAAACCACAACCGACAGUUCCACAGGAACCACAUCCGACAGUACCACAUCGACUACAGCACCAGCAACAGAAACCACAACCGACAGUUCCACAUCGACUACAGCACCAGCAACAGAAACCACAACCGACAGUUCCACAGAAACCACACCCGACAGUACCACAUUGACUACAGCACCAGUAACAGUAACCACAACCGACAGUUCCACAUCGACUACUGCACCAGCAACAGAAACCACAACCGACAGUUCCACAUCGACUACAGCACCAGCAACAGAAACUACAACCGACAGUUCCACAGAAACCACACCCGACAGUACCACAUCGACUACAGCACCAGUAACAGUAACCACAACCGACAGUUCCACAUCGACUACUGCACCAGCAACAGAAACCACACCCGACAGUUCCACAUCGACUACAGCACCAGCAACAGAAACCACAACCGACAGUUCCACAGAAACCACACCCGACAGUACCACAUCGACUAGAGCACCAGUAACAGUAACCACAACCGACAGUUCCACAGAAACCACAUCCGACAGUUCCACAUCAACUACAGCACUAGUAACAGUAACCACAACAGACAGUUCCACAUCGACUACAGCACCAGCAACAGAAACCACAACCGACAGUUCCACAUCGACUACAGCACCAGUAACAGUAUCCACAACCGACAGUUCCACAUCGACAUCACCAGUAACAGUAUCCACAACCGACAGUUCCACAUCGACGACAUCACCAGUAACAGUAUCCACAACCGACAGUUCCACAUCGACUACAGCACCAGCAACAGUAUCCACAUCCGACAAUUCCACAUCGACGACAUCACCAGUAACAGUAUCCACAACCGACAGUUCCACAUCGACUACAGCACUAGUAACAGAAACCACAACCGACAGUUCCACAUCGACGACAUCACCAGUAACAGUAUCCACAACCGACAGUUCCACGUCGACAACAGCACCAGAAACCACAGCAACAGCUGAACCAGUGAAAUAUACAGCAGAUGUCCAUGUUUCCAGUAUAGUUGCUACUGUUGGAGAACUCACGACAUCAAAAGCGUGCAUAGUCACUCCGCACGGAGAAUGGCUUCAAAUCAACGUAUCAGUCGAUUCGGGCGGGGUGUCGCACGUCAUCGGGAAAUUAGAUUACAACCAAUCUUUUGAAACUCCAUCGUCCCUGGACAGAUUUAAUGCUAGUAUCCGCAUGAAUGGUGAUACAGUGGAUGUGAUGGUGACUCUGAAUCUAACGGAACCAACAACCAAAAUCUGCUCCUGGGACAACAGUUAUAAAGUGUAUUGCUCUGUGAUUAUGAACGACACUUUUCCGACUAAGGUGGUUGAGUUCAAUGCAAUUUCCGUGACAGCUCCUAUGGCAGAAGUAAGCAUCGACUCUAAGGUACAUUACAAUGAAGGUGAUCAGAUGACCUUCAAUUGUACAACGAAAGGGGAUCCAAAUUAUAGUUACUUUGAUGUUCAAUUAAUCAAAGAUUCCAACAUUUUUUACAACAAUUCCGGUGGAGACUUUGGGACUGGAACUAACUCCGACUGUUCCAUUGAUUUCAACUGGGUUGGUGGUCACUUUCUUCCGCCGCUGACUUCCAAUCAAACCGGCGUCAUAGUCCGCUGUGUUGUAAGAAACACUGUACUGAAUAAGACUAAGACAGCUGAAAAGACGCUGAAUGUGUCAUCGUCAGCUACAAUUACAACACCAGUAUCAGAAACGACAACCGACAGUACCACAUCGACUACAUCACUAGUAAUAGUAUCCACAACCGACAGUUCCACAUCGACUACAGCAUCAGUAAUAGUAUCCACAACCGACAGUUCCACAUCGACUACAUCACUAGUAAUAGUAUCCACAACCGACAGUUCUACAUCGACUACAUCACCAGAAACCACAACCGACAGUUCCACAUCGACUACAGCACCAGCAACAGAAACGACAACCGACAGUUCCACAUCGACUACAGCAUCAGUAACAGAAACCACAACCGACAGUUCCACAUCGACUACAGCACCAGCAACAGUAUCCACAACCGACAGUUCCACAUCGACUACAGCACCAGUAACCACAACCGACAGUUCUACAUCGACUACAGCAUCAGUAAUAGUAUCCACAACCGACAGUUCCACAUGGACCACAGAACCAGCAACAGUAUCCACAACCGACAGUUCCACAUCGACAACAGCACCAGCAACCACAACAACAGCUAAACCAGUGAACUAUACAGCAGAUGUCCAUGUUUCCAGUAUAGUUGCUACUGUUGGAGAACUCACGACAUCAAAAGCGUGCAUAGUCACUCCGCACGGAGAAUGGCUUCAAAUCAACGUAUCAGUCGAUUCGGGCGGGGUGUCGCACGUCAUCGGGAAAUUAGAUUACAACCAAUCUUUUGAAACCCCAUCGUCCCUGGACAGAUUUAAUGCUAGUAUCCGCAUGAAUGGUGAUACAGUGGAUGUGAUGGUGACUCUGAAUCUAACGGAACCAACAACCAAAAUCUGCUCCUGGAACAACGAUUAUAAAGUGUAUUGCUCUGUGAUUAUGAACAACACUUUUCCGACUAAGGUGGUUGAUUUCAAUCCAAUUUCCGUGACAGCUCCUAUGGCAGAAGUAAGCAUCGACUCUAAGGUACAUUACAAUGAAGGUGAUCAGAUGACCUUCAAUUGUACAACGAAAGGGGAUCCAAAUUAUAGUUACUUUGAUGUUCAAUUAAUCAAAGAUUCCAACAUUUUUUACAACAAUUCCGGUGGAGACUUUGGGACUGGAACUAACUCCGACUGUUCCAUUGAUUUCAACUGGGUUGGUGGUCACUUUCUUCCGCCGCUGACUUCCAAUCAAACCGGCGUCAUAGUCCGCUGUGUUGUAAGAAACACUGUACUGAAUAAGACUAAGACAGCUGAAAAGACGCUGAAUGUGUCAUCGUCAGCUACAAUUACAACACCAGUAUCAGAAACGACAACCGACAGUACCACAUCGACUACAUCACUAGUAAUAGUAUCCACAACCGACAGUUCCACAUCGACUACAGCAUCAGUAAUAGUAUCCACAACCGACAGUUCCACAUCGACUACAUCACUAGUAAUAGUAUCCACAACCGACAGUUCUACAUCGACUACAUCACCAGAAACCACAACCGACAGUUCCACAUCGACUACAGCACCAGCAACAGAAACGACAACCGACAGUUCCACAUCGACUACAGCAUCAGUAACAGAAACCACAACCGACAGUUCCACAUCGACUACAGCACCAGCAACAGUAUCCACAACCGACAGUUCCACAUCGACUACAGCACCAGUAACCACAACCGACAGUUCUACAUCGACUACAGCAUCAGUAAUAGUAUCCACAACCGACAGUUCCACAUGGACUACAGAACCAGCAACAGUAUCCACAACCGACAGUUCCACAUCGACAACAGCACCAGCAACCACAACAACAGCUAAACCAGUGAACUAUACAGCAGAUGUCCAUGUUUCCAGUAUAGUUGCUACUGUUGGAGAACUCACGACAUCAAAAGCGUGCAUAGUCACUCCGCACGGAGAAUGGCUUCAAAUCAACGUAUCAGUCGAUUCGGGCGGGGUGUCGCACGUCAUCGGGAAAUUAGAUUACAACCAAUCUUUUGAAACCCCAUCGUCCCUGGACAGAUUUAAUGCUAGUAUCCGCAUGAAUGGUGAUACAGUGGAUGUGAUGGUGACUCUGAAUCUAACGGAACCAACAACCAAAAUCUGCUCCUGGAACAACGAUUAUAAAGUGUAUUGCUCUGUGAUUAUGAACAACACUUUUCCGACUAAGGUGGUUGAUUUCAAUCCAAUUUCCGUGACAGCUCCUAUGUCAGAAGUAAGCAUCGACUCUAAGGUACAUUACAACGAAGGUGAUCUGAUGACCUUCAAUUGUACAACGAAAGUGGAUCCAGAUUAUAGUGACUUUUAUGCUGAAUUAAUCAAAGAUUCCAACACUCUUUUCACAAUUCCCGGUCCAGAUUUUGGGACUGGAACUAACUCCGACUGUUCCAUUGAUUUCAACUGGGUUGGUGGUCCCCCUCUUCCGCUGACUCCCAAUCAAAACGGCGUCAUAGUCCGCUGUGUUGUACGAAACACUGUGCUGAAUAAGACUAAGAUUGCUGAAAAGACGCUGAAUGUAUCAUCUGCUGGUGUUGCAUUUUUUGAAUAUAGCAAAUCAAACCUGACAAAAAGUUUCCAAGAAAUAGAAUGCAUAGCCCGCAGUGCAUCAUCAAUUUUUCAGGAAAUCAUUUUAUCUAAAGAUGGUGCCGAAAUUGCUGUUAUGAAUAGUUCAGGAACGGCCUCAAUGCUCAUAACUAAUGCGAGAUACUCUGCAACAACACAAUCGUUUAGUGGCGAUGAACGACUGAUCUUGAGAAUAUCCAGUGUGGAGUGCGAAGAUCAAGGAAUGUUUGGUUGCAAAAUGUCGACAAAGAACAAUUCUAUAAUAACCGCUCCCAAUAUGACGUUUAUUGUGGAAGGAGCUAAACCAGAAUUGAAAUUACAUCCCGACAUCUUCGAACCUUUCGCCAGAGCAGGCCUCAAUCAUAUUUGUUCCACGGAGCACACCGGAAUGGAAGAGAGAAAUAACUACUUGGAAGUUCAAAUAUUCAAACCGAACGCUGUGACUGGUUUUAGAUACUCAAACAGAAUAGCAGAGACCGAAAAAAUGCUGGAUCCUACGAACAAUAUAACUUACAUCAACAUCACAGGAACGACUGCCCAGUUCCUUCUUGUGUCUGAUUGGAAAACGAAUGUGUCGUGUAACAACCCGGAAACGAUAACAUUUUUGCUGGACUUGACGAUGGAGUUCAAUAACGGGACUGUGAAAUGUGUGCUGAAGGACGACGAGACAGUGCACUCUUCUGUGGAGUCACGCAUAACAGUGAUUCCUGGUAACUUUUGUGACGGAUAUGAGCACCAAUCUAUCAGAAAACAUCCGAACAAUGACUGCAAUAGUUUUGUCGAUUGUUCGGAAAUCGGAGGGAAAAUGUAUGCCGUGGGAAAUCAAUGUCCUACUGGCCAAUGCAUGGACUUUACAAACAAAUAUUGUGUAACUUGUGACGGAAGUUUUACUUGCGAGGAAGUAACAACACCUGGGCCUACAACAAUAAUGACAACCCUACCCCCAGGAACACGCUAUGUGUCCUGUAAUGAUUCCACCCACUCGGAGGGGACAUCAGCCAUCGUAAAAUGUGUUGUCCUAGAUAACACAUUCGUCAGUCUAAACAUCACAUUCCUCCCAGAGUCAAGUCAAGGGAGUGAGGAAAAAAUAGCGGGAAUUCUUCCAGACGGCACGGUGCAAUCUCAGUCCCGUACUGACAUGGGCAUAUCCACCAACUUUGCUUCAUCGCCUAUGAUUUUAUCCAUGACGUUCCAUUCAGUAAAUUGCAGUGGUAAAGGACGAUAUAGUAUCACCGGCAUGGGAACAGAUUCAUUGGUUGCCCUUUCUGUUGAAACAUUUAGACUAAAUGUUAUCAGCAAUCUGACAGCAUUCAGUAUAAACACGAGUCCAAUUUACCAAGAGGGUUCACAGAUUGAAUUCAACUGUACAGCUACUCUAGAUGAGUCUCACGCAGACAUUAAAGCGUACUACAAAAGGCAAUCAGAGAGCAGUUUUAACGAAAUUGAGGGAUCAACAGUUAUCACUGGAAGAAACGACCCACACUGUCUUGUGAAUGUCGUUUGGAAACCAUCAAAUCUUAUGAUAGCUGAUGGAAGUUUCAAUAAUACCGACCUUAAAUGUUCAAUUAUGCAAUGGCCAUUUGCAAAUAAAUUAAAGUCAAUUACUGUUGGAACCGCAGAUGUCGCCUUUGAUAUGUACAAAAUUGAAGCUAACAUCAACAGCACGGUGUCUGCCAAAUGCUUUGCAAGGAAUGUGAAUGCUGUAAAAGCGAUUGUUAUAAGAAGAGCUGACAAUAACGCGACGGUCGCCAGUGUCUCUCUAACAAACACCCUUAUCAACAGUAUAGAUGGAGUAGCGGUCAGUUACACAAACAACUCUUUGACGAUGUCCAUAGCAGCAUUAAGUUGUUGGGAUGAGGGAUACUAUACCUGCACCGUUGUAAAAUCUGAUGAUGCAGAGACCAGUGCACCGGCGCAACUUCACAUUCAACCAAAAACUCCACCCAAAAAGCAGUUAUCGACAUUGCGCCUCGAUCCAGACAUAAAAGAAAACAGUUACGACAGUGCCAAAGUACACACCUGUACCGGAGAUGUAGGCUAUCCAGUGAGCGAGGGAUAUUUAUCAAUAACAAUUACUAACCCCGACACCAAUGUUAGCUAUGCAUAUGAUAGAAAAGCAGUGACAGAUGCCAUGAAAACUCCCGAAGCACCGCCUCUUAAAUUUAGAGUCAAUUUUGCAACUGGACUAAGCAUACUAAUUGUAGAAGAUGACGAAACAACUGAUAUCAACUGUACAAGGACGAGAAUGAUAAAGUUUUUAUUGCAAGUUACGAGGGACUGGAAUAUGGCGAGGAUUCGCUGCAGUGUUAAAACAGAUAAUGGUGAAAUAAAGGAAACCGUAGUUGAAGAUGAAAUAUACGUUAUUCCAAAGAGUAUAUGUGAUGAUACGAAUGGAACAGAUGCAUACCGACCGCACGAAAAAAUGGAUGGAUGCCACACUUAUGUAAGAUGUACUAAUUACAUACCAGCAGGCCAACGUUGUAUUCCUGACUUGUGUUUUAACCAUGAAACAAGGGUUUGUGAUUGGUGCUAUAAUGUGAAGUGUGAAUCGGAGAUGACGACUACGACAGAAGGAUCGACAGAAUUAGCGACAACAACUAUCCCUCCAUCUAGUACUCCAGCAUUGCUUUGUCCUUUACAAUCCUGCACGUCAGAUUCGGCAUAUGAAGGGGACACUGCUAGACUGUCAUGUUCUAUAAACAUGUCUGCGUCAUAUACACAAAUAACUGUCGCGAAAAAAGGUCAAGCUUUAUUAGUGGUGUAUCCAAACGGUACCAUUGUCUUCAGUAUCAGUGAAUAUGCCGACAAGUAUAACUGGACUUUGGGCUCAUCUUCCGUUUUCACAGUCAAGAACGCGUCAUGUUCUGACAGAUCAGAAUAUACAUUCACGGUGGAGACUGAUGACGGGAGGACCUGCUCUGAAAAACCGUCUUUUGAUUUGAAAGUCAAACCAGCAACACCUACGUUAGCAAUUGGUUACACGUGGGAAAUUGGAAAAAACGAAAAGAUUCACACUUGUUCAGGGGAUGUUGGAAACCCUGCCGGAACAUUGUCGCUUGAAAUAAGAAACGGGACAUCAGGAAAUUAUACAUCAUAUACCCCCUCGCUUAGAGAUGAUAAGCCAAAGUUCCAUGAAGAGAACUGUUCCAACACGCUAGAUGUUGAGUUCUCAAUUGAUUUCACAUCAACCGAUCUCCAGGGACACUAUAUUCGUUGUGUUGCUGAUAAUCCACAUACACUUCAGAGCUCGGACACUUCUCCUGCUUCCAAUGCAGUGAUGAUCAACCCACUUCCUGUUAAUCCAUGUUUAGUUGAUGGGCUUCAUCCUUAUCCAGGCGACUGCACUCGAUAUUUGAAUUGUGCUACUAACAUCACCAGAGUUAGUCAUUGUGGUGCAUUAUGCUUUAGCCCAAACAUUAGCACCUGUGAAACUGAUUGUUCUCAUUGUUAGCUGUGAUUUUUGUGUCGCCCACACAGCAAGGUAGGCACUAAGGAAUUACUUUCUUUGGAGUGCGAACUCUUUCUGACUGGCUGGCUGGAGUUGUUGGUACCUGUAUGCGACACAUGUAAUCCCCAGAAACAUUUUAUGAAUAAUGUGAUACAGAGAGAAUGCAUGCUACAAUAUACAAAUAUUUUUAUGAAUUUAGUGUUCGUUAUUGCGUAACAUGGAUGAGCUUUACCAAGAUUAUAUUAUAUUUUUCAAUGUUAAUCUGUUUAACAGAUUUUUUUUGUAGAAACUAUUUCAUACUUUAUCAGAUUGUUAUGCAUAUAUAGAUGUAAUGGCGUUAAUAUUUUAUGCACACAACAAGAAAAUCCUCGAAAUACAGAUGUAACGUAAUCUGUAAGGUGAAGAUGAAAAAUUGGUUUGCACAUUGACUAUAUAUAUGAAUAAAUCAUGCGAAACUUA